AUGGAGGCAAAGAAAGACUCUGGAAGAAGAUUGCGCUGCAUCGGCCGAAGACGGUACGAUGAGAACGAGGACCUCUCGGACGUGGAAGAAAUUGUCAGCAUCAGGAGUUUCAAUUUGGAAGAAAAAUUAAAGAGUAAAAUGUACCACGGGGAUUUCGUGCAUGCCAUGGACGGCAAAGAUUUUACUUUUGAGUACGUGCAAAGAGAAGCUCUCAGAGUCCCUCUCAUCUUCAGAAAUAAGGAUGGACUGGGAAUUAAAAUGCCUGACCCAGAUUUCACCGUCAGAGAUGUGAAGCUAUUAGUGGGGAGCCGCCGGAUCGUGGAUGUGAUGGAUGUGAACACCCAGAGGGGAGUUGAGAUGAGCAUGUCUCAGUUUGUGAGGUACUACGAGACCCCAGAGGCCCAGCGGGAGAAGCUCUACAACGUCAUCAGCCUGGAGUUCAGUCACACCAAACUGGAGAACAUUGUCAAACGCCCCAACGUGGUAGACUUAGUCGACUGGGUGGAUAAUAUGUGGCCACAGCACUUGAAGGAGAGACAGACGGAUGCUACCAAUGCUAUUUCAGAGAUGAAAUACCCCAAAGUGAAAAAGUACUGUUUGAUGAGUGUGAAAGGAUGCUUCACUGAUUUUCAUAUUGAUUUUGGUGGCACUUCAGUGUGGUAUCACGUUUUCCGUGGGGGGAAGAUCUUCUGGCUGAUUCCACCUACUCUGCAGAAUCUAGAACUGUAUGAAGAAUGGGUUCUCUCAGGAAAGCAAAGUGAUAUCUUUCUGGGAGACAGGGUGGAACGGUGCCAAAGAAUUGAGCUGAAACAAGGCUACACAUUCUUCAUUCCUUCAGGGUGGAUACACGCGGUUUAUACUCCAGUAGAUUCUCUGGUGUUUGGUGGAAAUAUCCUGCAUAGCUUUAAUGUUCCCAUGCAGCUUCGCAUCUAUGAAAUUGAGGACAGAACAAGGGUGCACGCCAAAUUCCGGUAUCCUUUCUACUAUGAAAUGUGCUGGUAUGUCCUGGAGAGAUACGUGUCCUGUGUGACCCAGCGCUGCCACCUCAGCAAAGAGUACCAGAAAGAAUCAAUGUUAAUUGAUGCAAACAGAAAACGCAGCACAGACAGCUAUUCAUCAGAUUCUUGGUUAGACAUGGAUGAAGAAUCUUGUGAUGCCCAUCUCCAGGAGGAGAAGGAUGACAGCUUGGAUAAGAACUCUAAAUCCUUGGUGGAUGGCUCCUCCUCACCCAACAGCACACACUUGGAAGGGAAGGAGGCUGCAGGGAGGAAACAAAAAGCCACAGUAAUGAGGUACCUAAAAAGAACUUUGUCUAAUGAGUCAGAUGACAGCGUAAAAUCAACGACCCCGACGGACUAUCCCAAAACACCCACAGGGUCUCCAGCUACAGAAGUUUCAACCAAAUGGACUCACCUCACAGAAUUUGAACUGAAGGGUUUGAAAGCCCUGGUGGAAAAGCUUGAAUCUCUCCCAGAGAACAAGAAGUGUGUUCCGGAAGGCAUUGAAGACCCGCAGGCUCUCCUGGAGGACAUGAAGAACAUACUGAAGGAACAUGCUGAUGAUGACCAAAAUCUUGCCAUUUCGGGUGUCCCUGUGGUCAGCUGGCCUAAGAAGACCACAAAGAACAGGGCAGUGGGGCGGCCCAAGGGGAAGCUGGGCGCUGCCUCCGCGGUGAAGCUCGCGGCCAACCGGAGCACGGCGGGAGCGCGGCGGCGGAGGACGCGAUGCCGCAAGUGCGAGGCGUGUCUGCGGACAGAGUGCGGAGAGUGCCACUUCUGCAAGGACAUGAAGAAGUUCGGGGGGCCCGGCAGGAUGAAGCAGUCCUGCAUCAUGAGGCAGUGCAUAGCUCCAGUGCUGCCUCAUACUGCUGUGUGUCUGGUGUGUGGAGAAGCUGGGAAAGAGGACACUGUGGAAGAGGAGGAGAGCAAGUUUAAUCUCAUGCUAAUGGAAUGCUCCAUUUGUAAUGAAAUCAUACACCCAGGAUGCCUUAAGGUGAAGGAAUCGGAUGGUGUGGUUAACGAUGAGCUGCCGAACUGCUGGGAGUGUCCAAAGUGCAACCACGCAGGGAAAACUGGAAAACAAAAGCGCGGACCAGGAUUUAAAUACGCAUCAAAUCUCCCGGGCUCGUUGCUGAAGGAGCAGAAAAUUAACAGAGACAACAAGGAAGUGCCAGAUGCUGCCAAAAGGAAAGGGGACUGCGAGGAGACUCCCAGGCGGAAAUCUGAGGAACAUUCCAAAAAGGCUCCAGUUGAUUCAAUCCUGAGGAGAAAGUCUGACGAAGUGCAUCUGUGGAGGAAACGGAAAUUCGAGAAGUCCCAGGAACCCACGAUGAGAAAGCGGGUAAGGCACAACCCCUGCUCCCCUUGUCUCUCCUUGCAGCGGCGGUCGUGGAAGGCCCCGGAUGACCGAACUGCCAUGAUCAAACCCCUGCGGCGCCUCAAGCAGGAGCCCGAGGAUGAGCUGCCAGAAGCACCCCCCAGGUCCAAGGAUAGUGACCAGUCUCGGUCCAGCUCACCUACAGCAGGGCCCAGCACGGAGGGCGCCGAGCCCCGGGACAAGAAGAAGUUCAAGAUGAGGAGGAAAAGGCGGCUUCCCAAUAAAGAACUGAGCAAGGAGCUCAGCAAAGAGCUUAACCAGGAGAUCCAAAAAACCGAGAACAGCCUUGCCAAUGAGAACCACCAACCCAUCAAAUCUGAACCCGAGAGCGAGAACGAGGAACCCAAGCGCGCGUUGAACAACAGCGAGAGACUCCAUAGGUUCAGCAAAGGGUUGAACGGGACUCCCCGGGAGCUGAGGCACCACCAGCUCAUGCCCAGCCUGCGCAGCACCCCCCGGGGAAUAGCCCGGCCCCCGCCCUCGCUGUCGCCCCCCAAGUGCAUCCAGAUGGAGCGGCACGUUAUCCGGCCACCUCCCAUCAGCCCCCCUCCGGACUCGCUCCCCCUGGACGAUGGGGCAGCCCACGUGAUGCAGAGGGAAGUCUGGAUGGCUGUCUUUAGCUACCUCAGUCAUAGAGACUUGUGCAUCUGUAUGAGAGUUUGCAAGACCUGGAACAGAUGGUGCUGUGACAAAAGAUUAUGGACCAAAAUAGAUUUAAACCAUUGUAAAUCCAUCACUCCACUUAUGCUUAGUGGCAUUAUUAGGAGACAGCCUGUAACCCUUGAUCUUAGCUGGACAAAUAUAUCUAAAAAGCAGCUGAGUUGGCUUAUCAACAGACUGCCAGGUCUGCGGGACCUGCUGUUAUCAGGGUGCUCAUGGAUAGCAGUGUCGGCACUUUGUAGCUCCAGCUGUCCCUUGCUGCGAACUCUGGACGUGCAGUGGGCGGAAGGACUGAAAGACGCACAAAUGAGAGACCUCCUGUCCCCGCCUACGGACAACCGGCCAGGUCAGAUCGACAACCGGAGCAAGCUACGGAACAUCGUGGAGCUGCGCCUGGCCGGGCUGGACAUCACGGACGCUUCGCUGCGGCUGAUCAUCAGGCACAUGCCCCUGCUCUCCAAACUCAAUCUCAGUUACUGUAACCACGUGACAGAUCAGUCUAUUAACCUGCUGACCGCCGUCGGAACCACCACGCGGGAUUCGCUAACGGAAAUUAAUUUAUCAGACUGCAAUAAGGUCACUGACCAGUGCCUGUCUUACUUCAAACGUUGUGGGAACAUCUGCCAGAUCGACCUGAGGUACUGCAAGCAAGUGACGAAGGAGGGCUGUGAGCAGUUCAUAGCAGAGAUGUCUGUAAGUGUCCAGUUCGGGCAGGUGGAAGAAAAACUUCUGCAAAAACUGAGUUAGUUAAAGGA